UCAACUUUUCGAUAACCAGUUUAUGUCUAGCAUUCAGUUUGUACGCAUGUUAACGAUUAAUUCAAGAUAACAGUUGAUUCAAUUUAACUCUACAAAAUUGUUUCUCUUUAAAUGGAGUAAAAUCAUUAAAACUCAACACUUGACAACAGUACCAGUUAACCAAGAAACAACCCGAAAAGAGUAACAACCAGGAUAAAGGUUAAAUGUACAAGUACAUGUGUAUGCACCUUGAUUUGUGAUCGCAAUCUGAUCGACAAUGUGUAAAUUGGAUAAUAAUUGAUUGUGAUUCCAUCUAAAUCAGAUAUUAAUCUCAAAAAAAACAUGUCGCCCUUUCAACCGUUUUUCAAGCUAUUCAAAGCUGUAUUUCCCUUUGACCACUUGUGAAUCGUUAAUUGGAUUAUAUUUCACAGUUUUAAUUGUUGUCUAGUUUGAUAGAUUAGUUGUUAGUUAAAUGUUGUCUCUUAUUGAACCUUACCUUGAACUAACUACUCCAAGUGUCACCCGUAAACCAAUCACUCGGGAAGGAAUCAUAACUGCUAAGGGAAUGAAUCGCUAUGUUAUGCUAAGUCAACUUGGUGAUGGUACUUAUGGUACAGUUUUACUUGCUCAAAGACUAGACACUGGUGAAAAGGUUGCCAUUAAAAAAAUGAAGAAACGCUACUAUUCAUGGGAAGAGUGUAUGAAUCUUCGUGAGGUCAAGUCGCUUCAAAAGUUAAGCCAUCCAAAUUUGGUUAAAUUAAGAGAGGUUAUAAGGGAAGAUAAUAUACUUUACUUUGUCUUUGAAUAUAUGAAAGAAAAUCUGUAUCAACUGAUCAAAGAUAGGGAAAAACCUUUUGCUGAACCUGUGAUAAGAAACAUAAUGUACCAAAUACUGGAGGGACUCAAUUUUAUGCACAAACAUGGAUUCUUCCACCGUGAUAUCAAACCUGAAAAUUUACUCUGUAAUGGACCUGAAUUGAUCAAGAUUGCUGACUUUGGAUUAGCCCGAGAGAUACGAUCUCGUCCACCUUAUACUGAUUAUGUGUCGACUCGAUGGUACAGAGCGCCAGAGGUUUUGUUGCGAUCAACCAAUUACUCUUCACCCAUUGAUAUCUGGGCCGUGGGCUGCAUUAUGGCUGAAUUGUAUUCACUGCAACCUUUAUUCCCAGGUCGAAGUGAAAUCGAUCAAAUAUUCAGAAUAUGUUCAGUCCUUGGAACACCAGAUAAGCGUGACUGGAUGGAAGGUUACCAAUUGGCCUCGACGAUGAACUUUAAAUUUCCCCUGAUGAGUCCGAUAAGUUUGGAAUCAGCAAUACCUAAUGCUAGUUCAGGAGCAAUUGAUUUGUUGGUUGAUAUGUUAAAGUGGAACUCAUCAAAGCGGCCAACAGUUUCCCAUAGUUUACGUUAUAGCUAUUUUCAGGUUAACCAAAAAUUAGGAGUUCAACAGAUUACAUCGUCCAGUGUAAGGUCAUCAAAUAGAUCGUCUAAUUAUUUCAAGUCAUCUAAUAAGUGGGAUAAUAAUAAUAAUAGUGAUAAAGGGAUCAUUCGUGAUUAUGAUGAUGGAGCCGAUGGAGGAGGAAGGCGAAACUUACCUAAUCAAGGAAACUCAGGGCUUGGGCGACUUAAGGAAGCUCCAGUUGAACGACCAGAUUCACCUCUUACCUCGAGCCUUGAACAUUCAAAUCAAAUGAGUUCACAGUCAAUACGCAGUUCAGGAAUAUCACUGAAAGACCAAUAUUUAACCAGAUCAAGGUACAUAGCUGGACAAAAUACUAAAAAUUCAGCCUUUCGAGGAGGUGCCAAUAAUCCAGUUCGAAGAGUGUCAAUUAUCUCGCUCAAUUCAAAUCAAAGUCAAGCAGCAUCUCGAUCUUAUCCUUUAGCGGCCAACGUGACUGGUAAAACCGAUUGGUCAGCAAAAUAUCUCAAGUAGGACUCCAAGUAUCAAUUUUUAAUCUCUCCCAAGUAAACAAGAUGAUAGAGAGGUUAGAAGGAUGAAACAUUGGUGUUCUCAUGCUGAACAAAAUCUCACCUGGUAAUGUUGUUACUCCAAAUUCACUUUGCAGUGAAACUCUUUGUAAUAAUUGUAAAUUUGAGAGUAAAUACUUUCAACAAUAAAGGUAUUUUACAGUAAAAUAAAAAGUAGUGGUCAUGGUUAAGUUAAUGUUUUACUUGUGUUGAAUGGCUAGUCGCGACAGCUUUCAAGGAACUACUGUAUUCAAGAUGGAACCACAGUUAAAGAAAA